AUGGCGCGUCCUGUUGCGUUGAAAUAUGUUGUGAGUUUCAGUUCACAGGAUGAUGUACAUUCAGUUCAGAAUCUCUUAAAAGAUGGCUGUUUUAAGAAAUGGUUAUCUGACAGCAAGGAUCGGUCUGGGACCAUGGAAGCUGUAUUCCAGCUUGAGAAAGCAUGCAUUAUGUCUUAUUUAGAUAUAGGUACUCAUUGGUGCUCAAAUAUAUCUGUUCAAGUUGGGAAGUCAGGCUGGCCUCAAAGUCAGGAAUUUGAACCUCUCCUACAUAACACUUGUCUUAUGACUCAAGCUGAUGUCAGACUUGGAAGAAACACUACAAAUACUAAAAUGUUUAAUACCAGUCAUUUUUGUUCAAACGCUGUCACUAAAAUGUGGGAUCGUAUUCGUGUUGUUUGUCAGCAGAAUUUUCGUAAGAACGUCCAGUUUGGUCUUACGUUUCUUCGUAUCAAAGCAAGCAAAAUUGAAGACUCACCUGUUAAUGCUGAGAAAACAGAUCAGUUAUCCAAAAGCAUACAUGUAAAUGAAGAAAACCCUCAGUCAGUGAAUGAGAAAAUCCAGAACUAUUUUUUUAAAGGAAAACAGUUAAAAAGUCCUGUAUCUGACAUGCAUUUAGAAACACAACUACUUAAAAUAGCUUCAACUUCAGACAAUGGCACUGUUCGUGUGGAAGGCUUAUCAAGAACUGCAAAUAUUCUCAAGGCUGCUCAGGAGAAUGCUGGAAAAUAUGCUCCCAGUAAAUACUGCAAACAAAGUCAAACGCCUUCUGGAAAGAAGUCAUUUUUUGCUGAAUUAAUAGCUCACAACCAAAGCUCUUUCCCCAAAGGAGAAGAUGAGAAAACAGACAAGAAUCUCAGUUCAAAACACAAAAAUGUCCAGAAUCCUGCUCUCAAAGGAAACCGAGUAAAAAGUCCUGUAGCUGGUCAUUGCUUAAAUAACACUGCUCAACCUGAGGGCCUGUCCAGAUCUGCUCAAAUGCUUAUGGUGGCCCAAGAAAAUGCUGGAAAAUAUGCUACCAACAAACGCUAUAAACCCAGUUCCAACUCUUCUUGGAAGCCAUUGUUUUUUUCUGAGAUGAAAGCUCAAAAAGAAAGCUUGUCGAUUCAAGAAGAAAUGGAUGAGUUCAUAUCUAAACUUGACAUCAAAACUGACGAGUUAGACUCUAUUACAAUUGCAGAUUUACGGCACCGUUUUGAAAAGAAAAAGAAACGGAAACUUACAAAAGAAGAGCGCAAACUCUAUGUCGAUAAAGUCAGUGCUCAUAUCAACAAAAUAUUUUCCCAAUCUUCCCAGAAUCAAGAGGAAGUUUCUGAAGAAAGACAACAAACCAAACGAAUGAGAGUUGAACCCCCAAGGCCAGCGCUGUCAGGUAGACAUUGGCAACAGCCAAAAGAAAAGAGGAAAAGUAAAGUCAACAAUGAUGACAGUUUGGUAGAAUUUAAUGAGGAAGUCAUUACCAUAGAUGAUCAGAACAAAAACAAAUUUAAAAAAAGUACAAGGGAAUUAACUUCAGUUUCUCUUGUGACGAAUCCAAGCCGUUCAAUACAGAAUGACAUACAGUUUGAUUUGGAACUUGUUGAAACCGAGAAUGCAACAUGUCCUUUAUGUGUGAACUUGGACGUAGGUCUUCAAACUAGGAAAAAGUAA